UGUAUGUAAAUGCCCAUUGGGAGAGUUUUGACUAAUUAUGAAUGAGAAUUGUGAUAACUUUAUUAAAUGAAAGAUUAAUUUAUAUAUAGUUGCACAACCAACACCAAGGCCUCCAUCAAGGUAUAGAUGAAAGCAAGAACAAUGAAGAAGAUUUCUUCCUCUGCCUUGUUCAUUCAAGCAGCUGGCUUAAAUCUCUUCUUUCUACUCUCUAUUCUCCUAUCGUCACUAACCGUGAGAGCCCAAAUUGUAAUCGACCCCCCCGUUCUUGCACCUGUCAAAGCCCGUUAUCUUGUGGCACGAAGUACGUGGGGUGUCCUUAGCACAAUCUCAGCUGAUCUUGGAGGAGCUCCAUUUGGAACUGUCGUUUCGUUCAGUGAUGGAGAACCCAAGCAUGGAUUUGGGGUGCCAUACUUCUAUUUGGCAGAACUGGAACCCAUAGGAAGAGAUGAAAUAAAUGGAACAAGAGCAGCCUUAACUGUAAGUGAGGCUUCACGUGGAACUUGUGGAGGAGAUAUUCAAAGCCCUGGAUGCAAAAGGACAACUCUCACUGGAAAGUUAACAUGGAUCAGCCUGGAAGAUCCUGAAGUUAAGUUUGCCCAAGUCGCCCUGUUCACAAAACACCCAGAGAUGGAAAGUUGGCCAAGCGAUCAGAACUUUAAAAUAUACAAACUAGACCUAGAAGAUAUUUUUCUUGUCGACAAGUUUGGUAAACCAACGCAUCCGACUCUAAAAGACUACCUGAAAAUUCCUCCAAUAUAAACGAGGGAAACAGUUUUCCCAAUCAGUCACAUUUUCCAAGAUGAUUAGUAUAAUAAAAUACUAAAUACUUAUCCCCUUUAGCAUGUAUGAAUCUAUUUAAAUAUGGCUUUGAUGACUACAGUAAUCCAUGUGAUCUGAUAUGUUCUUUAAAAUUUGUUGCAUUUUGAAUAGCAAAUCAACAAUGCGUGUCAAUGAUCAUAUCAUACAUAUUUUUAGCUUUGAGUG